CGGGUCGCGGCUGCUGUCGUGAGGAGCUCCUGGCCAAUGGGGAAGCGUACCGGGCCUGGUAGGCGGGGUUUCUAGGCCUUGUCACGCUCGGGUCCGUGUGAAAACGGGGGUUCCGAGUGCAAAGCAAAGUUUUUUUGUAAACCGUCUGCAAAGGCGGGGGGGCGAAGAAGGCGCCCAAGACCGGGCCGAGUGCAGCUGUGGUGGCCGCCGCCUCUUCAGCUCCUCAGGCGUCGGUUCCGCGGCGCGAACCACCGUGGAGGAGACCAGCCGGGGAAGACCUGCGCGGAGAGCCCGCAGAUGCUCGGAGCCUUCGCAGAGCGGAGCUGCCUGUCACCCGCCCCCGCCUGCUCCUGCCCCUGCCCCUGCCCCUGCCCCGGCUCUUCGUCCCCGGGAUCCGGGGGCCCCGGCUUCCCGCCGCCUCCGCCUCUGCCGCCCCGCUGUGGGUGUGGGGGCUGCUGGGGCUGAGCCCGGCCUCCGCGCUGGCUCCGAGGACGGGCGACUGAGGAGCUGCGCGCUGCCCGCCCGCCGGGGACGCCCGCAGGCGCAGGGUCUCGGCGGCUGGACUCCGGGCUCGCCCCCGCCGGGCCGCGGAGGCCCCUCAGCGGCUUCCCGAGCGCCCCGGCUCGGGCGGUGAGAGCCCCGCGCCUCCCUCUCCUUCGUCGCCGGGCCCCCGACCCUCGGCGUCUCGCCGCCGCCGCCUCUCUAGUCGCCGGGCAGCUGAGGCGCAGCCAUGGGGUGCUGGGGUCGGAACCGGGGCCGGCUGCUGUGCAUGCUGAUGCUGACCUUCAUGUUCAUGGUGGUGGAGGUGGUGGUGAGCCGGGUGACCUCGUCGCUGGCGAUGCUCUCCGACUCCUUCCACAUGCUGUCGGACGUGCUGGCGCUGGUGGUGGCGCUGGUGGCCGAGCGCUUUGCCCGGAGGACCCACGCCACCCAGAAGAACACGUUCGGCUGGAUCCGCGCCGAAGUGAUGGGGGCUCUGGUGAACGCCAUCUUCCUGACCGGCCUCUGCUUCGCCAUCCUGCUGGAGGCCAUCGAGCGCUUCAUCGAGCCGCACGAGAUGCAGCAGCCGCUGGUGGUCCUCGGAGUCGGCGUGGUCGGGCUGCUGGUCAACGUGGUGGGGCUCUGCCUCUUCCACCAUCACAGCGGCUUCGGCAAUGACUCUGGCCACGGCCACUCGCACGGGGGUCACGGCCACAGCCACAGUCUCCCCAAGGGGGCCGGCGGCAAGAGCAACUGCGUGGAGGGCAGCGACAACAGCGUGACGCCAGGCGUGCAGGGGAUCGACCAGGAGGAGACCAACACUCUGGUGUCCAACAGCAGCAACUCCAACGGGCUGAAACUGGACAGGACAGAUCCAGAGAAGUCCAGAAAUGAUGAGAUGGAAGUACAAGUGAAUGGGAAUCUUAUCAGAGAACCUGACCUUAUGGAAUUGGAAGAUGAAGAUAAGGCUGCACAACUUAACAUGCGUGGAGUUUUUCUGCAUGUCUUUGGAGAUGCUUUGGGUUCAGUGAUUGUAGUAGUAAAUGCCUUGGUUUUUUACUUUUCUUGGAAAGGUUGUCCAAAAGGGGAGUUCUGUGUGAACCCAUGUACCCCUGACCCCUGCACAGCAUUUGUAGAAAUAAUUAAUAGUACUCAUGCAACAGUUUAUGAGGCUGGUCCUUGCUGGGUGCUAUAUUUAGAUCCAACUCUUUGUAUUGUAAUGGUUUGUAUACUUCUUUACACAACUUACCCAUUACUUAAGGAAUCUGCUCUUAUUCUUCUACAAACUGUUCCUAAACAAAUCGAUAUCAGAAAUUUGAUAAAAGAACUUCGAGAUGUUGAAGGAGUUGAGGAAGUUCAUGAAUUACAUGUUUGGCAACUUGCUGGAAGCAGAAUCAUUGCCACUGCCCACAUAAAAUGUGAAGACCCAGCGUCAUACAUGCAGGUGGCUAAAAUCAUUAAAGACGUUUUUCAUAAUCAUGGAAUUCACGCCACUACCAUUCAGCCUGAAUUCGCUAGUGUAGGCUCUAAAUCAAGUGUAGUCCCAUGUGAACUUGCCUGCAGAACUCAGUGUGCUUUGAAGCAAUGUUGUGGGACACGGCCACAAGUCCAUUCUGGAAAGGAUGCAGAAAAGGCCCCAACAGUUAGCAUUUCUUGUUUAGAACUUAGUGACAAUCUAGAGAAGCCCAGGAGGACUAAAGUUGAAAGCAUCCCUGCCGUUGUGAUAGAGAUUAAAAACGUGCCAAACAAGCAACCUGAAUCAUCUUUGUAAGUCUUGAAAAAGAGGUGAUACUUGACUUUUGCUUUAAACUGCAAGAGGAAAAAGACUCCAUUGAAAUUCUAAGAUUGCCAAGUAGUGUAAUUGAAGUCCUUGUCUGGUCACACAGUUUAAUUCUAUUUUUGUAAGAACAUAAUGGGACUGCUAAACAGAGUUCUAUAUUACAACUUUGUGAUUCCUAUUAGUGCAGAGUACAGCUAUGCUGUAACAAUUUUGGAAAGCCAGUUUUAACACUAUGUUACAUUUUUGUUCAAGUAAGUAUAAACCUUACAUAAUGACAUUUGAUUUCCAGUUUUUCCAUGGUAAAAAAUUAAUUAGGGGGAUAAAUAAAAUUGUUACUGGAAUUUCUCUUCUUUUCUUUCCCCCCAGUGUUAUACUUUAUUAGAACUAUAAUCACUAGAACUUUAAAAAUCAACAGGUUUGUUUCCUUUGACAUUUUAGGGAAUAUUUCCUUGCCCUUUGAGAUUAUUACAUAGCAUAAUGGCAGCAUAGGUUAGGAGUAACUCAUUAUUAGGAAAAUUCCUUUUUUCCUUCCCAUGGGAUAUUUAUAAUACUGAAGAUCAGUUACUGUCCUGUGCUCUAUAUUGCUUAGUAUUUUGCUAAUAAACAGAUGAUUAACAAAUUGAACUAGUUUACAUAUAAUAGGGCAUAUGGGGAAUAAGAGCAGUGAAGGAAGUUUACCAAGUUAAAUAUUUAGAUUACUGUAAGUUAAUAUUUUGACUACAUUUCUAAAUUAUUUUGAGAAAUUUAACUCGUUUUCUUUUACCAAAGUCAGUCUAAAACAUCUACCUGUUCACCAGCAUUACUUUCUUUGAAAGAUUGGCAUUAGAAACAGUGUGCUGAAAGUUUACUCGCAAAAAGAUAGUGAAUUUUCUAAAGACAUUAAGCUUAAUCUAAUAUUUACUUGUUAAACACAAACUUAUUAAUAUAAUCUUUUAAAUUGUGGAUUUAAAAAAAUACUCCAGAGUUAGUCAUUUCAUGGUGACCAGUCAUGAAUGGAUUCAAACAGCUUUUCAGGCACAACCAGUGGCACUUGUGCUUUGCCAAGAGCCAUUGACCUGGGACAGAAAACAAAUCUGUAGCUUAAUGCAAUUUGGGUAUUAAAUUCUUAAAAAACAAAAUUAGUUAAGACAAAAUUAAUCAUUAAGAUUCUGUAAGUCAUCCUGUCUUGACGUUGUUCAGAUCUUCCAUUAGUGGCUUUUGCAAGAUGCCACAUUAUCUACAGAGGAAAUUGUUCUUGGCUAUUGUUGUGUGAGUUUCGGAUCCAUAUACAAAUAUUAUUUAAGGUAUUUAUAUUUUUCUUGAUAGAGUUAUGCUUUGUGAAGAAACUAGAUUUUUGUCCUCAAAUGGAUGAAUAUUGAUGCCGGUUAUCAUUUAUAGCUCUAUUUUUCUAGGCAUAAGGUAUCCUGACUACUUCAGUGACUUUUAUAGUUGACUACUUUUGGGAUGGCUACCUUUUGGGAUUUGAAAUAAUUCAUUGUUUAAUGGCUCUUAAGACGAAAGCAUUGGCAUUUGACAGUUAACUUUUUAAAGGGAUGAACUUUUGUGGUAGAUGGUGUGUUUUUUCUAGUAUAAGCCUAUUGCUGGCAAUGGGUCUAUUUAAGGAACAGCUGAUUUUUUCCAGUGAGAAUGAGGUAAUUUUAGGAACAUAGUUCGUAAGUUCACAUUUACUAUUAUAGGCCAAAACCAUAACCUGCCAAUUUGCAAUACAUCUUGAUCUUUUAAUACUCUUAUCUGGUAUUGUGUAAUUCAGUUCCUAAACUGGACGUUACUUUGAACUUCACAAAAAAAUUUUUUGACAUAAAAUCGGGGAAUCUCGUCAUAUGGGUGAACAAGAAAGAGAAAGAUUCAAAUUGUGCUGUAUCAUCCUGAUUUAACAUUUUAAACUACAAAACAUUUUAUUAAGAUCUCAAAACAGUUUAUGUUAUACAGACAUUUCAAUAACACAUACAUACAAUAGUAUAACUGGUAAAAUAUAUUACAUUCAAUGGGGUUUUCUUUAUAAAUGCUCUAUUUGGUCUGUUAAAGGCUGUAUAACACAGGACAUCAGCUGAAUGGGGACUCUCAGUGGUGCGUAAGCAUGGGAUGAGGGCUUUUUUUCUUUUUUUAAAAGUGCUUUGCAGGUAACAGUCUUUAGAUUUCAGUUAUUUCAUUUUUCAUAAUUCUUAAGUGGCUUAUAUGUAACAGUGGUACCGUAGAAUUUUUUCAAAGGACUUUGUCAUAAUAGCAAAAUCAGUGGGCAGACUCACCUUUUGAGUUUUAGCAGAGAAUUAUUUAUUUACAAUGCACUUUCUAACCCAUUUUUAGCAUUAUCUUUUUUAAAAAUGCUUUUAUAUUUAAAUAUUGUGGGAUUUAAGUGUCUUUCCCAAAAUAGCUUAUUCCUUCUUCCUUAAAGAAUAUGAGGGAAAUACCCUAAAUUAUUAGGAGACUUAAACCCAAUAUUUAAAUAUGCUGUUUUAUAACUGCAUCAAUUUUAGGAGGUGCAUCUCUCCUGCUGGCUCUUUUAUAUUUGAGCAAGAUCAGUGUAUUUAGAAUAUGUGUUUAGAAACUUGUGUGUUGUCUCAGUUUAGUAAGGAGGGGCUGCAUGUGCCUGAUUUAAAACCAACCCAGAAAUUUUUCCAAGUCAAAUGCCACCUUAGAGAUAAGAGAGAUUUAAUUCUCCAGUGUCACCUUUUAGCUUAUAUGAUUGUUCAAUAAGGGUGUUUUUGAAGGGCAUAUGCAUUAUAAAAAUAUGGUCUAGAAUCUUUUUUUAAAAAGUCAAAAACCCACAAAAACUUCACUGUAUGACCUUUAACAUUUUAACGAACAAACAGUAUGUGUGAAUAACUAAGGUAUGUAAUUUGGAUAGGAGAAAUUUCCAUCAAGAGCACCUUGGAAAAUCACAAUAGCUAGGAGACUAUAUUUAACAUACUUGUAUCUUGUUAACAUCCUCAGUUAAUUCCGAAUUUUUGAAAGUUGAGGGAAAAGGCCUAUGGAACAGAAUGUGAAGUUUUUAGUAGGCUAACUGGUGUUGAAUUGAAGAUUUACUAUUUAUAAGCAGACAUCAUUUGAAUGAUAUAAAUGUCAAUUACCUGCUGUCUUAAGAUAUUCACACACAAAUAUGGAGAAUAAUUCUACAUAUAAAAAUAUUUAUUUUAAUAGAGUUUCAGUUAAGUCAUAAAACAGUGUUAAAACUCUUGGGAAGGUGUAGGGGUUUUUGUGUGUUGUUUUUUUAAAUUGAAACCUGUCAGAUAGUGUUUGACCAUCUGAAAUGGGAAUUGUAAUAGCACUAAUACUCAUGUAGCUCUACUGAUAUUAUGUGGCAAUGCUGUUUUACUAACAAGCUCUGGAAUAUUUAGCAGCCAUUUUCACUGGCACAAGAGCCUUUUUGUAUGUCAUUCAGUCUAAACUUUUAAACCAAAAAUUUUGUGGUCCAGUGUCUUUGGCAAAAAGAUGCUGAAGAGAAUGUAACAUACAAUUAUUAUGUGGUUAUAUAUAAAAAGACACAAAUUGCCAUGUUAUGGUUCUGCCUUGAAACAGCACAAUGAAGUGUAUCAGUGUAUUCUAUGAUUCUUUCAGAAACUUCCAUGCUGUGUUGUGUUGUGUCCGCCAUAGCCUGUCCUUCUGGCCAGGUGUGGCACAGUUAAAUGCAAUUAUCAUCUCAUUCAGAGCAGAUAACAGAGAAGGUGUCUUUAGUGCUGCAACAUUUUACCUAACUUUUUGUAUGUUUUAUGACUGUGUGUUGUUUUCCAAAGCUGUUCCUACCUCACCAUGAGGCUUUACAGAUCAUUAUGUAUUAUAAAUGUUCUUUAUGAGACAGACUACUGUGUUUCUUUUCCUUUAUUAAAAGUUAAAUAGAAAAAAUAA